AUGGAGGAAUCCAUUAUUAUAACACAUAUCCAAAUACAAGAACAGGCUUUAUCAGGAUUUAAAUAUUCCUUCCAGUAUAAGUUCGGUAGUAGGCAGGACCCGAGUGAGUUGCUCAAGCCCCCCAUCCAGGUGUACGGGCUGGAAGGGCGCUAUGCCACCGCGCUGUACUCUGCCGCCACCAAGCAGAAGAAGCUGGAGCAGGUAGAGAAGGAGCUGAGCCGAGUAUGGACUCUUCUGAAAGACCCCAAGCUGUCCAGUGUUGUUAUGAACCCUCAUACCAAGAGCGCAGUUAAACAAAAAGCUGUGAAUGAUGCUUUGGCAAAAGAGAAGAUGUCCCCUGUUACUGUCAACCUGAUGAAUUUGCUUGCAGAAAACGGUCGCUUGCGUUACACUCCAGGCAUUGUUUCUGCGUUCGGGAAGAUCAUGAGCGCAUACCGAGGAGAAGUGCUGUGCACCAUCACCACCGCACAGCCCUUGGAUGAUGCCAACCUUACUGAGCUAAAAAGUGCUCUGAGUGGAUUCUUGGCCAAGGGAGAGGUCUUAAAGCUGGAGACCAAGACUGAUCCGUCAAUCCUUGGUGGCAUGAUUGUCAAUAUCGGGGAGAAGUACGUGGACAUGUCAACAAGGUCAAAGAUCCAGAAACUCACCAAAAUCAUGAGAGAGACUGUCUAGCAAGCUGUCCUUGUCGCUCACGGUGAAACCUGUCAGAUGGAAACAAUAAAAUUAUUUCUUCUUGAA